AAGAAGCUGGCCAUCUCGACAGUCAAGUCCAAAAGCUUAGAGCUGACCCCCAUCGACAAGCUUACUAUUCCAGUACCCCGGCUGGCGCAUGGUCUUGACAGAGUGCUGUUCAACCCUGGCGUAUACUUCCUGCAAGACCCGAGAUCUCGAGUCUUCAACUUCGACCCCUACCUGGCAAACAUUAUGCCGAUCCAGGAAUUCGACUUCAACGCUCUCAAACAAUACAUUACGUCCUCGAAGGACACGACGUUGAUCUCCAAGGCCAAAGCGCACAACAAGAAAUAUACCGGGUCCACUUCUAGCAUGACUGCUAUGCUCAGCCACUUUCACUACCUGUUGUCUUCGUGGCGGCCCAUCAACAGUGCUAUGAUGUCCGCCGAGUUCAAGCCCGAAUCCAAGCGUUUCACGAGGAUCAUGCGAGCGCCGGCGGCGACUUUCCUGCAUUGGAAGGAUGGCUGCUAUGCCAUAGACGCUGACAAGGAGUACGACUCUGCCAACAUCUUGAGCAUGCUGGGAAAGUCGAUGGAGAAACUCUUGACGUUGCCUAAACACAAGUUCGAGCAGUACCGACAUGCCAACUCGGAUCAGAUUUCCGAGGAGGAACGCAACGCGGACGAAGCAUUCCAUUACACCGGUUUCCAAGACUUCAUGAUGCGGUCACAGCUGGAUGCAUACGACAAGCGAGUUCCCGGUACAGGAAUGUUCGAUUUGAAGACGCGGGCUGUCGUCUCGAUUCGUAUGGACGCCAGGAACUUUCACCAGGGGCUUGGUUACGAGAUCCGCCACCGCUUCGGUCAAUGGGAGUCCUAUGAGCGAGAAUAUUUUGACAUGAUACGAUCUGCUUUUCUAAAGUACUCUCUCCAGGUCCGUAUGGGUCGCAUGGACGGCAUCUAUGUGGCGUACCACAAUACGGAGAGGAUAUUCGGCUUCCAGUAUAUCCCAAUUCCAGAGAUGGACCUUGCCCUCCAUGGGACGAACAACACCACGUUGGGAGACCGGGAAUACAAGCUCAGUCUGACACUGUUGAACCAACUGCUCGAUCGCGCCUCGAAGCGGUGGCCUGAACAGUCUCUCAGAAUACACUUUGAGACACGAGAGUCAAUAGUUGCACCGUUCAUGUACGUGUUUGCCAGGCCUGUCGAGAAGGGCGACAUUGAGGCUGUUCAGAACGCCGGCAAAGCGCAGGUCGAAGAAUUCGAGAGGACCAUCCUUGGGCUCAAGAAGCCAGAGGACGCGGAAGGGGAUUCGAAAGAGGUUUCUGGUGAUUCUGUGGUGGCUGCCGAGUCGACAGCCAACGGCCAGGCCGGUGAGCAUGUCGAGCUGGCCGAACAGUCAACAGCCGAGGCGGAUGCGCAGCGGCUGGCUGUGUGGGACGAGGUGCAGCAGGUCGUUGAGGACGCGAUGAGCGACGAGGAGGUCGGUAUAAGCUCUGUCAGAGAGGCCAUUCAGAAUGCUCUCGAGGAGAGCUCACUCCUCGAAGUCGAAAGCAUGGCCGAGACGCGACAGUACAUUGAUGCUCUGCUUACGGCAAUCACGGGCGUUCCGCCACCAAGUUCGAGUGCUGAACUUACCGAGUCAGCAAAAGCUCACCACGAAGGAAGUGAUACUGCCACUAGUGCGGAGACGGCAGCCGAGUCAUUAAAACCUCGGGGCACGGCCACCAAGACUUCAUUGUCGCCUUUGAAGGACCUGAUAGCACUCAGCGCACAACGCCUCCACGACCGCCCAGGAGCUGAGGCCGAGAUUGAGGCAGCGGACGAGGAUUCGCAAAAGCUCAAAGUGUUUGAGGAGAUCUUGGGCCGGAUGAUUUCGCAGGCGAAGGCCGAGCAGAGUACCGCUGGCGAUACCAUCGGUGACCCGCAAAGCGCAAGCGACUCGACAAGCACAAUCGGCACUGGAAAUGACGGCUCAGCCGCUCCUGAAACGUCCACGGAUCCUCUUGAUCCAUGGGGAGCUGAAGAGGCAGAGCUUGAAAAGCUCGCGGCCGAAGAAGGCCUCGAAGUGGAUGAGGACGACGACUUUGAGCUCCUCGGCAUGGUCCUCACGAUCAAGAACAAGGUCAACGGCGAGUACGUCGAGCGGCCCGAGAACCUGACCAAGCACGACGAGUGGGACGUCGAGUACAACAUCGAGGAGCUGCCCGAGGCCCGGGCGCACACGCUCUACAAGCAAUGCCUGAUGCGGCGCAAGACGGUCUUCAUGGGCGCCCGCGACAAGGCCGCCUUUGAGAGCAUGUAUGCCGGCGCGCUGGCGCGGAGCACCAACAAGGGACGCGAGUUCCGCCAGAAGGAGACACAGCGGGCCAAGCGCCAGCCUGUGCACAUCUAUGGCAGCCGCCAGGCGCACCGCUACCGCGACGUCUUUGGA